AUGGCUAACGAAUCAAGGGCGUCUACGACAGAUCCAGUGCAGGCAGUGCGGGCGGGCAAGGGUGGUGCUCCGGGUAUCGAAGCAGGAAUGGAGCUUUGGACAUGCGUUCUACUGCUGCCCGUUCUACAAGAUAGAACCGGUUGCCCUUUCUGGAAGUGGGAGAAGGAGUACUUAGAGGUGGUGUUCGGCAAGAACACUGCUGGUGCUCAAGCAAGUCCCAGCAAUGCAGGCACAACCAUGGUGGAAUCCCCUGAUUUGAAGAUGAACACUGAUGGAGGAGUACGCAACAAUGGUUGGGUGAAGAGGGAAGUUGUAUCUGCUGAAAUGGUGAAAGAAGUAGUCAUGGUGUUGAAGGCUAUAUUUGUAGUAUGUGUUGCUCUACUGUUUGUGCUCAUUCUUGUUCUGUUAGUCCUGUUGGUGAAGUAG